AUGACCAGACGUCUCCGUGCAGCACGCUGCAUUACUCAACGACAUACCCCCGAGGCAUUGUGGAUUACCGAUGAUGUACUGGCAGACACCUUCAGGCGCUUCGCCAGCCUUUCCGUACGACAUGGCAGUCAUGUACCAGGUCCUCUGGAGGCGCGCAAACGGGCAGCGAAGAGGAAGAACACCAGUCUUGCCCACAUUGGACCCUCCCCUCCUAUAGACUCGACCUUAUUGUUCGCAAAGAAGUCAGAGUCGGGUUGGUGGAAAGCUACACCUGUCGAGUCUACACCUGUCGACAGUGCAAUCAACACCACUCGCAUACUGCCUUCAUGGCUCACAGAGCCCUCAGACUAUGGAGAGACGAUCUCUUUGGAAACUGUACCAGAAGCGCCAGAUUUCGAGAGUGACCUCGCCUGCUGUGAGUCUGUGGCCGACCUGAGGUCCGUCAUAAGGAGUCAUGGCCUCAAUCUACGUUACGCACCGGAGCAAACCGAGCAAAUCUAUAGACAUGUUGUGAGCAGACAAUGGCCAGCGACCACGCUCAUGGAAUACUUUGCCGAACCCGGUCUCCAUCCUUCAGGGUGUCAGAAUCACGUCAAAUUCGUUCAAAGGCUUGCACGCGAAUACCAGGAUUCCCAUUUUGAGCUUCACAAGCUGUCGCCAGACUGGGACCUGGUCCUCAACGGUAUGUGCAGAGCCGUGAAACUCGGGCUGUUAUCAGCAAUCGAAUGGGCAAAAGUGGUAGAUGCGGUCGUAUCAAUCGAGCUCUCGUUAUACCGCCAGGGUCAGCAUCAUCCGUUCUUACACCGAACGCUCGGCUCGGCAUCCAACUCUAUCAUGGCACUCCUGGACAGCUUCGAACAAAGCCAUGUGCUUUCCUUCAAAGACAUUGAUCAUAUGUGGUUCAAGCGUCUCUCGAAAACCGUAAUGCAAGCCGAAGACACCCUCACCACUGUUCGAGUCAUCUGGCGGUUGCGCCGUGCGCGUCGACCACACGGAUCCCCAUCGGUCGCCGACGCACUGGUCAGGUGUUUGACCCACUACUCCGCGGAGCGCGACCCCGAAGCUAUUGCCACGUUUCUGUUGGAGCUCCCUCGUACUGUGAUGCUCAUGUCGAUAACGAGGGUAAGCGAGAUUUUGAGCUUUGGCAUCGUCCAGGGUUCACACGACGCGUCGCUCUUCACCACCUGGAAAAGCAUUUUGCGGUCCCUAAAUGGUAGUGACCGUAAACGCUUCACCAUUUCUACCUCCGACCUCUCUAUAAUGCGCGGAUCUAGUGGCGACACGUCACUGGGUCGACCUCAGCUUGAAAUACUCCUUUUGUGGAAUCUUCGGCAAUUACUAGGGGAGGAGGAAUGCCAUGAGCAACUGAAACAUUUCGAUUUGCAUCCUGUCGUCAGCCGAAUCUUCGAUAACCGAUGGACAGGAACUCUCUCGGACUUGCAUUGUCAAAUCGUGUUGAACGUGCAGUCCCUCCCAUUACCGGACAAGGAGAGUUUUCUUGCUAGUCUUUCACGUCUGUUCAAAGACAGGGAGAUGGCUUCGAGCAGAAGCCAGCAAGAAAAUCAUACUCAGCCAGACCUUGGUCCAGCGACGCUUCUGAAAGCAGAUCUGGCGCGGCUUGUUGAUCGCGCGAUCCAUAACCACCCUCAUUACCUUUCUCAGAAAUGCCUUGCCGAAGAAGUCGAAAAGGUCACCUAUGAUAUGGACGGUUUCAAACGAUUGCUUCGGCAUCUGGUAGCGCAAGAUGCGGACAGUUUUCGCGUUGUUAGGCCCAUUUUACAGAGCAGUAUCGCCUUCAAGACAGCACUAAGCCAUGCCUGGCCACAGAGACUCGAUUGGCAGCAACGCCGGGAUAUGGGCAUAGCAAUGAGCACUGUCACGGAUGUGACCCAACACUUGAAUAAGCCAGAACCGUUCCUAGAUCCGGAGCAGGUGUUGGACGUCGUACAUCAGCUGGCAAUAUCCUUUGCCACAUCUCCAGCCAUCAGCCCCCGCCAGUCGCUCAGGCAAGUCUACUGGUGCUACCGUUACCUGAUGCGUUACGGCGCCCCGAUCCAACCGCCCAUGACUCGAGCGUUGUGGCACGCUGGCGUCACACGCUACGACUGGACAGGGCCUGGCGACAUCCAGCUCUUCUGGAUUCUUGAUAAGGUGCGAAAGGUCGAGGGAGAGGAAGUCGCGCAACAGCUCAUGCGCAGCAUCAGCUUUCGCCAGUGGAGAUCUGUUGCACUCCAGCAGCUUGCUCGCGGUAUCCCAGAUUUCCAGCCUGACAUGCUUGUCAGAUUCAACGAGGGCAUGGCUCUCCUCAAUGUUACGGAUCCGAAGGAGGUCGAGGCUGCCGACCGAGCGCAGGUCAUCAGUGCGCGUAUUGCGGAGAUGAUGGAGCGGGUGUUUGCACGGAAGGAGGCCAAACGAGUGAAGAACGGUGAGCUUGCGCAGUUGUCGUCUGCUUCUUGA